CUAAACUAACUCUAUCCUUCUUGACACAUGUUAUUCAUUUUAACUCUAGGCCAGACGAGACCGAUAAGCCCCAAAAUGGAAACACUGGUAACUCUGUGCAGUCUUCUGUCGCUCUUCUUUGUUGUCCGUGCAGACCUUGUGGGACAAUUUGAGGAUGUGCCAGAAUGCAUGGAAUAUUUCCAUAGCAGAAAAGUACCAGAAUACCAUAUGUCUACAUCUGGCACUGUACGCCUCUGCCAACGCUUUGCCAACAGGUAUCACUUUGCCACGCUGUACGACACCAACCGUCGUAUUGCAGUUUACUCUGCAUACAUUUUCCAGCCCAGCAAUGGAGGUGGGAGGGAGAGACGGUGGUUUGUAGAGCCUCAGCUGGUAAACCAAUCCUGGCAAGCUGAAAUGAAGGAUGGUUACUGGCUGGGGAGAGACCAUCCUGGGAUCUACCUAGGGGAGAAACAAGCUCUCAAUGAGGACUAUACGCACUCUGGCUUUGAUCGUGGUCACCUUAACCCUAAUGGACACCAUGCAGUCCCUGGCCGUAAUGCCACUUUCACCCUCACCAAUGUGGUUCCUCAGAACCCCAAACUGAACCAAAAUGCAUGGAGAAUCCAUGAGUCUCAGCUCACUGAGCUUUUCCGCAGUAAGUGCUCCAAGGUCUACGUUCUGGUCGGUGCCAUUCCCUCUGCGACUAACUGGAUCGUCAAGAACAACGUGAAGCGUGUCAACAUCCCAGACUACCUGUGGAAUGCUUUCUGCUGUUUGGACAACAACGACAAGCCCAUUCAGGGGGCUGCCGCCGCAGCCAGGAACAACGCAGACAAUUGGGUGGAGAAGUUCUCGUUGGAUGAGCUGGGAGAGUUCUUGCAACAGUUCUCAAAUCAACCAGUGGGCGAGUUGUUCCACAACAACUGUAUGGCAGUUUGAUUUGAUUGUUUUAAGUAGUUUUGUAAAAUAAUCAAAAUACACUUCCAUUACACAGCAUUGUGAAAAAUUAAAAGACAUUAGAUUCAUCAUUUUUUCUUUCUCCACUGACUGUAAAUGCGUGAAUUGACUCAAUGACAUUAUGAAAUACUGUAAUAUUUACUCCACUUGAGUUUUAAUUUUUGCACGGUACUGUACUUCACCUAACAAUAAAAUUAAAUGUUAUAUAUGUAUACGCUUAUUUUUGUAAAAGCUUAUGUAAAAUUAUAAUUGACACACAUACCCUACAAUAGAUAUUGAAGGUACUAAAAUAUUACCUAAAAAUACAUUAGUAGGAACAAUGUCUAGUUUGUGCAAGCUAAGCUUGAAGCGUGAUCCCAGGAUGCACAGACGGGAGGCAUAGCCCAGGUAAAAUAUCAUUUAAUGAGGGCUCAUGCAGCAAAUAAACCUUAGGCACUAGGGAGUGCACAAAAAGGUAGCAACAAACUGAACAAAUCUGACCUUGUCCAGCGGAAAAUGGCUGGCAUAAAAUGUGUCCUGAUUGCCAAUCAGGAACAGGUACGGGAGGCAGUGCUCAGGCCAGAGAUGACAUGGCAGGAAAUGAAAACAUAGUAAGUACAGAUACAAAUUGAAGAGCGCCAGAAUGAAAAAAACAUCAAGCUCAGGAAGAUAACCACAAGUCCAAAACUCUUAUGUAGGGUCAUGGCAAAUCUUUUUUUUUUUU